AUGAAUCAUACGUUUCUUCUUGUUAGCGAUAUUCAUUAUCGCCUGGAUAAUAUUGAGAAGCUUAGAAAAUGGUUGAUAGAAAAAGAUCGAUUAAUGGAAAUUGAUUUCGUCAUCGUGUCGGGUGAUCUCGUGAAUGCCAAUUAUUUAACCCCUUUGACAACUGAGAAGGACAGAGAAGAAUUUCGUGAAGUACUUUCUGCUCUCGAGAAAUUAGGAAAAUCGGUAUAUUACAUACCGGGAAAUCACGAUCCGGACACGUCUUUUCUUUUCUCUUCCGAUCAAGGAAGCGUGAUAAAUCUCCAUAAUAAGAUUGUUCAAUUAACACCAGGAUUAAGCAUCCUGGGCUUUGGUGGAUCAACCGACGGUGUACUGAAAAAUUCUCCGGAGACCGUUGUCUGGCCAGCCUGCCCAAGUAAUACCGAAUCUCUGUUUGCCGAAAAAUUACCAACUUUAUUGGAUCAAGUUAAGGAAGAUGUCAUCUUGGUGACUCAUGUUGGUCCCGCUAAAAUUGGAACUACCAAUGUGGAAAUGUUUCCUUUGCAAGAACCUUCCACUUCCGUCGAGGCUGGCAGUCCAACCAUACGUAAAAUUCUCGAAUCAAGAUCUCCUUUAACCCCUGACAGUCCACCAAACUGCAAGGUCGUAGUGAACAUUCACGGUCACUCUCAUUAUCCAUUCGGCCUUUCACAUUUGGGUCAAACGAUGAUUGUCAAUCCCGGUCCUCUCCGUGAUGGUAGAUUUUCAAUUUUAAAGUUGAGACAGACAAUCAAGGAAAAUUUAUUACAAACGGAUGAGGAGAGAGGAUGUUUUUAUAGAAAUUCUAAUAGUGCUAACUUUUGGAUUUUGGAGGGACUAGAGUUUCAUUUUUUAUAA